AUGAUUGAAGUGUCAAAACAAACUUCGCACAUGUGCUAACUUUUUUGUGUUUUAAAUUUUUUCAAAUAGGUACCUAACAAUAGAAAUCUGAAAGGAAGUCAUUAAAUUAAAUAUAGUUUGUAUUAGUUAUCAAUCAAAAUAUUUGUGAGAAAAUAAUUACCCUUCAUACAUCAAUUUUUUAAAGAUGAGCUGUGUGCAAUGCAGUAAUGAAUCAAAAUAUAAAUGCCCUACAUGUAGAGAGCCCUAUUGCUCAGUUGCCUGCUGCAAACUUCACAAGGAGAUGCUGUGCUCACCACCACCGCAACCACCAGCACCACAAGAACAGCCUCAGAAUCAUACUUUUGAGUUUGAUUUUCCUACAGAAGACACUGUUACUACUGAAAAACUGAAACUGCUAGAAGAGUCAAAAGAAUUAAGAAAAUGUUUAGAAAAUCCACAUGUAAGACAAAUACUAGAAAUAUUAGACACAGCUCCUCAUCCAGAUGUUUUAAUAAAUGAAUACAUGCAAGAGCCAAUUUUUACAGAAUUUGUAGAUGCCUGUUUGAGUGUUGUUCAAUGUAAAAGUGAUUAUAGUUAAAUAAAACAUUUACAGAUUUA